AUGCCAGCCCGAUCAGAGAAAAAAGCGGUGGUCUCGACACCGGACCCGUUGUCUGCAACGCCAACGCCUCCGCCAGCGUCGUCCGAGGCGCCGACAUCGGAAGGCGAAGCAGCCUUAGGCCCAGGCAAGCGCCAUCGACGGCCAAGUACGAUGUACAAACCGCCAGAGGCGCUUACAGCUGAGGCCAAGCGAUCCCACACGGCGUCGCCAUCGAUGUCGUCUGCCGCGGCGUCGUCGCCUUGUGGUAGCGCUACCUCAGUCAAGCCCAAAGGGCCGAAAGCACGGAGCAAAAGUCCUACGGUCUUACCCACCCAUGUCAAAAAAGAAGCAUCUGCUAACGAUAUGCGGACGCCCACCAAAAUUACCCUGCGUGUGCCACCGCGAUCUGUGCCACCGCCCGCUCGUGUGGACGAGAUGCAUACGCCAGCGACGUUUACGCGGCGUGGCGAGCGUAUGUCGGAGCCGCAGCGACGACGACAUAUUUUAUCGUCGACGACAAGCCAGGGCAUGCUGAGUCCCAAGCCUGUGCGGACAGCGACGGGCGUGUGGCGUAUGAGUGUGAGUGCGUUGCCCGAGCAGGAGGAAGAUGCAUCGUCGUCUGACGAUGACUCGGACGACGAUGUAGAUGAAGUGGAUCAUGGAAUGGCCGAAGUGGCGCGUGAUGCUAUGCAUAUGCAAUUGGCGGCGCAGGCAUGGUCGUUGGCGCUAGAGCGAUCGCCUGUGCCCUCUACCAUGCCCACGGAACCGGAGGGUGGCGAGUCGGAGGGAGAAGAAGAGGACUUUCACCAAGCGAUGCUACGGGACGACGAACUGGAUCUGCUGGUUCGUACCACCUCGCCGCAGAGCAGCGACUCAGAUGCCGUGUGGACCGAUGGUCAUGUGACGACGCCGGCCUCGUAUGGCACAAAAGAAUCGCCGGUGAGCGAGAUGCGAAGCUGCUCGCCCCAACCCGUAUCUAUGACGCCACAGGAGAGCACUGUAUUUGCCCAUGCGUUACCUGUGCCGCAUGCGAAUCCGGCGGAAGGCGGUGCGCAUGCCGGCCUGCUCACGCUAUCCCUGCCGUUUGAAAUGCGUGCGCCUACGUCAGCUGCAGCGGGUCCUAUGCCGAUGCACGAGACUGGCGGUCGUUCGUCGCCGAUGCUUGAUACAGAUGGCGAUACACCCCUCACACCUAUCCACACUGUCAGUGUGGCAGACCGCGAGAAUGGUAUGGGCACAGGGUCGGAAGAGACGCGGUCGUUGGGCUCGCUGCCUGAGCCGACAUUGCCUUCCGAUCUCUUACAUGCAACGGUGGCCUCGCCCUCGUCGCCGGUGCCGGCACCGGAAUCGGAUGUGGUGACGAUGCCUGUGGUUGAUAUGGCGUCUAGCCCUGAUGCCCCUCUUCUCGAUGCUACAGAGUUUGCGGUGGAUGACGAUGCAGGGUCGACGCCCCACUCCCCUGUACAUCUGCCACCGCAGCCAGCUGCCUGGCUUCAUUCGGAGCCGGCGAUGCAUCCAACGCCGCUGGACGAUGCAGAUAUGGAUACCUAUUUCGAUGCGCCUGAGAAGAUCAUUGCGCUCACAGAUCUGGAUCGUGCUUGGGCCUUGGUCCAUGGCAGCAGUGAGUCGACAACGACCACGUCGUCGCACCACUCCCACGACAUGCCCCCCUCUCAAAAGGCCGAAGACAGGUCGCCACCACGUCUGGCGCCGCGCACGAAGCGGCCGCGCGUGAGUGAUAGCACCUGUGUGCGUCAGCCACGAACGCGAAGCUCGCGUCUCCAACGUCGGGCCGCGUGA